AUGAAGAACGAGGAAUUGGCAGCUAUGAUUCAAGCUCUGGAAUCAAAUUUCCAGAAACACUCAGCUGAACAGUUUGCUAGAUUCUCAACGAGAUUGGACGAACAGGUUGCAAGAUUGGAUGAGAGAGUCGACCAAUUACAAUCCCCUUCAUCCAAACAACAAGAAGGCAAUGGAACUGCAACCAGUGGGUUGGGUUCACCAUCGAGACCCAAACAACCAGCAAAUGUUGACUCAAGGGAUAUCAAUUCACUUCUCAAGGUGCUGCGAGUCAAGGUCCAUCGUUUCGACGGCUCGAAUGUAGAAGAUUGGAUUUACAAAAUUACAAAGUUCUUUGAUCUACACGGUGUACGGCCAGAACUCAGAUUGGCUAUGGUGCCAUUUCAUUUGGAAGGAAUCUCUUCAACUUGGUUUCAAUGGAUGGAGAAGGGUGGUGGGUUUCCAGAUUGGGAAUCCUUUCUAAGAGCCUCACGAUUACGCUUCGGAGUGUCCAUUUACGAUGAUCCAUUGGGAAGAAUUGCAAAGUUGGUUCAGACGGGUAGUGUAGCAAAUUUUCAGAAUGAAUUUGAGACACUAAUGACUCAAAUCUCAGGAGUUUCGGAACAAUAUUUCUUGAACUUCUUCGUGUGGGGAUUGAAGAACGAAAUUCGCAGAGAAUUGCUCUUGGCCAGACCAGUUGACUUGGCGGAUGCAAUGGCCAAAGCUCAGUUGUUUGAAGACCGCAAUGAGGAUCUGUUGGGUCGUACAAGAGGUGAUAAUGGACGUUCCACAUGGUCUCCUCGCUUCAUGAAUCCAUCUUCGCCAGCUUCCCCAAAAGUAUCGACACCUAAUUCAAUUACCACUAAUACAACCACUCCAUCAUAUUCCAAGGUGCCAUUACCCAGUUCGCCUUCUUUACCAGUUAAACGCUUAUCUCCUGCAGAAUUGAAAGACAAAAGAGAAAAGGGCUUAUGUUUCACCUGUGAUGAGAAAUACAACCCGGGUCACAAAUGUAAGAACAGGGUACUCAUUUUGUGUGCUCAAGGAGACGAAGAGGAGGAUGAUGAAACAGUCAUGGGAGGAGAUAUUGUGACAGACCAGGAGGAGAGCCUCGCUGAAGAAGGCAGCCUUAAUUCCCUGUCCAACGCCGUUAAUCCGCGGAUUUUUCGGAUCACAGCUUACCACGGUAAGGAACCAUUGGAGGUAUUGAUUGAUACUGGAAGUAAUAAUAAUUUUAUACAAGAAGCCUUAGCUGCUCGUUUGGGUUUGAACUGUGAAGAGACAAAGAGAUUCAAAGUGUACAUGGAUGUGGUUUUAGGAAUGCAAUGGCUUCAGACCUUAGGGCCUUGUAUUCACGACCAUAAAGCAUUAACAAUGGAGUUUCAGUGGCAAGGAGCAGUGGUGAAGUUAGCUGGGUCUUCGGGUACCGCCUCGCACCAACUCUCGUUUACUCAACUUCGUUCCAUGGUGAGGGAAGGAGACAUUCGGGAAAUGUUUAUGGUGGUAGCCGACCCACCUGUGACUGAGAACAUUGCAGUAGAGAUAUCUGAAAUGGAGAGUAAAUUGCCGAGAGUAGCCAAGGGAGUUCUGACUUCGUUUGUGGAUGUAUUUACCGAACCGCGGCAACUACCUCCGCACCGGGGUACUGACCAUCGUAUCUGUUUAAACCCGGGAUCACAGCCAGUUAAAGUUCGACCUUAUCGUUACCCAUACUUUCAGAAAGACGUUAUUGAGAAGAUGGUGCAAGAAAUGUUGAGUUACGGAUUCAUACAACCUAGUACAAGCCCUUACGCAUCACCUGUACUACUGGUCAAGAAGAAGGAUGGCUCUUGGAGAUUUUGUGUAGACUUUCGGGCCUUGAAUAACAUUACAAUCAAAGAUCGUUUUCCCAUACCCACCAUCGACGAGUUGUUGGAUGAAUUAGGCGGGGCACAAGUGUUUUCAAAGCUGGAUUUGAGAGCAGGGUACCAUCAGAUUCGUAUGGCACAACAAGAUAUUCACAAGACAGCGUUUAGAACGCAUGAGGGCCACUAUGAGUUCACGGUGAUGCCGUUUGGACUAACAAACGCACCAUCAACCUUCCAAUCUACUAUGAAUCAGGUAUUUAAGCCUCUUCUGCGACAUUGUGUAAUUGUCUUUUUUGAUGACAUUUUGGUAUAUAGCAAAUCCUUGGAGGACCAUGGAUAGCACCUACGGGUCGUUUUGCAUCUGCUUCGCAAACACAGAUUUUAUGCCAAACUUUCGAAAUGCAAAUUUUUUCAGUCAUCAAUCGAU